AUGUCGAUGUACUCUCAUCCCGCGCCGCCCUACAGCCAGAUCCCUCCCCAACCUUCAUAUUCCUAUCCGUCCUAUCCCGCUGCUUACCAGUAUGGGCCGCCUUCGACCUCUUAUCUCAUAGAUCCCGUCUCUUUUCGUCGAGACUACAUGGGGCGGCUCGCUGAACUUACCGUCAACUCGAGGCCCAUUAUUCAGAAUCUCUCCAUGGUCGCUCAAGAAUACUCACGCUAUGCUGACGUUGUUACCGAGUGUAUCGAACAACAUAUUCGCCGGGUCCCGCCUUGGAUCAAGCUCCCCGCCUGGUAUCUCUUGGACGCCAUCUCAAAAAAUGUUCAUGAACCAUACGCUCGUCAUUUCGCCUCCAUCGUUGCACCCUUGUUCCUUGACAGCUAUGCAGUCGUUGAUCCGAACACUCGCAGCAAGAUGGAGGAGAUGCUUCUAACCUGGCGAAACGGUCAUCCCUCUGGCCAACGCGAACUCUUCGGUGUAGGUCCGCAGGUAGCGAUAGAGAGAGGUAUAUGGAGUGGAGGCUCCAGCGAUCCCUCAUUCCAACAAGGUCAGGGUUUCAUCUCCAAACCCCAGGUCUUGACCGAACUAGAGUUCACGCUCGGUCAAAUGGAGAGAGCGGUUCAGAUGAACCCAUACGACGCACAGGCUCAAGCACACGUUAACGUUCUGCAACAACUACGGAAGCUCGUCGAGGCUGGUGUCUCUCAGAAAGAACUUCAGCAGAUCCUAAAUCAGCUUCGGUCGAUGGCGCGACCCCCGUCUGUUGCUCCUCAUACUCCUGCGCCUCCCAUGAAAUAUCCACCGUCUUCACCGAACGGCACUUAUUACUCUGAGCCAGCUCCGUACUCUGCGCCUCCUCCGCCGCCAAUCGCUCCCUUACAACAUCAAUAUGAUCAACCUUUUCCAUCGCGCGAGUCAUUUGAACCAGCUCCUCCUGCACCUGCACCCCCCUCUUCUUCCACGUUUGUCCACAUGGAUACUACACCACCUGCUCCUGUUGCCAGCACGUCGGCUGCCCCUGCGAUACCUAAUAUCAGCAAUCUCUUUGAGGUUCUUCGCAAAGCAGGUGUUGUCUCUUCUACUGGAUCACCUACGGGUGCUGGGCAGGUUCAGGCUGCUACGAUUGCAUCUGCUCAGAACCCGGAAGACGUAAAGCCCGAAAAUUUAGUGGACCCCGUUCGUGAGGAUACGAGAUCGUACAGGGAUGCUAUCUUGUCUGAAAAUAUCAGACUCACCGGUGCCGAUAUCAAUAGGAGACAACCACGGAUAGUUGAAUUCUUAUAUAACCACUUGCCUGUGCAAUGUAAACAAUGUGGAUUGAGAUUCACGGAUUCUUCGCUCGGUAAGAAUCAGAUGCAAGAGCAUUUGGAUAUGCAUUUCAGGCAGAACCGUAAAGCGAAUCAGCAUGUUGGCAGAGGGCAUAGUCGCAGUUGGUUUGUCGCUUUAGAGGAUUGGAUUCACGACAAUGGAAAAGGCAAGGGCCCGGCGGAUCCAUCACGGCCUUCGAAUGUGAAGGCAGCAGCAGCCGCUGAUGCGGCAAAACGAGACGCCGAGUUGCGCGCUCAGUUCGUCGUCGUCCCUCCUGGGGACGAAGCUAAGCCGAUUGCUUGUCCUAUAUGUAAGGAAACAUUGAAGUCAGAGUUCCAAGAGGAUGACGAGGAGUGGGUGUGGAAGAAUGCGGUCGAUGUUGAGGGACGGAUAUACCAUGCGACGUGUCAUGCGGAAGCGUUAAUGUCUACUACGAGUUUGGCGGCUAAACUAAGGCAGGAGCUCACCGGGGGCGGUCGCAGUCGCUCGACGACACCGGAACGUACUGUUAAGAUGCGUACAAAGUCUGAGUCACCGGUUUCGCCUGGGAAGGCUCAAAUCAUCGGAGUGAAGCGGAAGGCUGAGUCUACGGAUGAGUUCAGUCUGGGAAGUCUUCUGAAUGGCGGAAGUAACGGAGGCGGUGGUGUAGAUAAUGGGGGUGUUGGAGAGGACACCGGGGAGCCGCCGGUGAAGAAGACUGUGGCAUCUGCAACUGCAUAGGUGCUGGUAUAUGGUCUGGCGUCUGAGUUCUUAGAGCGGUGGAUAGAUCGUGCGAUUUGUUCGGUUUCGAUGAUGGUGAUGUGUUCUGGAGGUCUCUUUUUUGCGUGUUCGAUUCAACUUUUCUCUCACCUACUUAUUACUGAUAUUAUAUUUGUGGGCAUCAUCAUUUGUACUUUGAGCUUGACGCACACAAUACGGGCAUUGUAAUCAUCCUG